GUGCCGAACUCCCGUCCUGGAACCAAAGUACGCGCUCUACCUCUCACUCACUCACUCUCUCCAUCGGCCCUGCCAUCAGAGAGAAUAAAAAACAAGAAGAAAGAAACGUGCAGCAUCAGCAGUGUUUUUACGAGUGACGCUCUUUUGCAGUCGUUCGCGGUGGAAAAGGUGUGUGUCAGUCGGUGCAGAAACCGCAACACAGCAUCCGAGUUGAAAGUGACAAAAGUGACCGCAAAAUGAAAUCGUCGUGAGACCGCCGGAUUUGCGUCCACUUUGGAUUAAAAGACAACAGGUGCUGAUGACAGUGGAGCGGAGUUGCAAAUUCUUGGCGUGGCGGCCGACGAUUCCUGCCCCGCAGGUGCGGGGAUGAGGCCACGAGCAGGGCGCCCGUUUUCCGUACAGAGGGCGCCCACCUCUUCAUCCCCCGGUUGUUGACAUGCAACGAACGGUGGCUUUAGCCAUUCUGCUGUUGGCAACGACGGCGGCGUUGGUUUCGGCCGACGCUAUUGCUGACGCCGAUUGGACAGACCAUUGCCCGGUGUCUUGCAAGUGCAAGUGGAUAUCGGGCAAAAAGACAGCCAAUUGCCGCGACGCUGGUCUCACCACCGUGCCCAGCUCACUCAAUGAAGACAUCCAGGUGCUUGACAUCAACGGCAACCCUAUCCCGGUGUUAUCAAAAGACGUCUUUCGCUCUGUCGGACUUUUAAAUUUGCAGAGAAUUUAUUUACGCGGCUGCGGAAUUAAAGAAAUCGAUUCAACGGCCUUCCGAGACCUCACAAUUCUCAUAGAGAUUGACCUAUCCAGCAACAGUCUCACGCAACUUGACAUCAAGACCUUCCAGGGCAACAACAGGUUGAGAGUCAUCGACCUCAGUGGCAACCCCUUCAAUGUGCUGCGUGAGGAGCAGUUUCCAACCUUGCCACACCUGAAGACUUUGGAAAUGAAGUCGUGCAGGCUGAAGCACGUGCAAAAACGUGCCUUUGUCAACCUGGCAGCCCUGGAGACCCUGAACCUGAGCAACAACAAGCUUAAAUAUUUGUCAUCAAACGUUUUUGAGCCACUUACGCAGAUCAAGUCUUUAUCUCUAGACGGAAACCCCUGGAUGUGCGACUGCAACCUGCGCGACUUCAAAGAGUGGUAUCUCCGCUCCAAACUCUUCUCCCUUCCCCUCACGUGUGCUGAACCUGUGGCUCUAAAGGAUCGCUCGUGGGGGGAUAUUGAGUCUCAAAGUUUUGCCUGCGCGCCAAAAGUGGAGCUGACAGACACCAUGGUACAGGGAGAAGUUGGGGGCAAUGCAAGUUUUGGUUGCCUCGUUAGGGGAGACCCUGAGCCAAGUCGGGACUGGCACUUCAACGGCCAUAUCUUGAACUUCAACGGAACAGAUCCCAAUGUGCAAAUAGACACCGACAACUCAGGCUGGUUGAACGUAACCUUGUCUAACCUGACGGAUGCCUACGUGGGCGAGUACUCUUGCGUUGCUGAGAACUUGCGCGGGAGAGCCAUCAAGAAUCUCACCUUGAUUCUACCCGAGGUUGUAACGGCCACGACCUUGAGCAAAGCAGAGUCUUGGCUACUUAUGGCCGGUUUAGUGGCCGGUGGUGCAGGAACAGUGGCCACAGCUCUCAUGGCUGGACUCUGUCUCUGCCUUUGCUCUCGGCAGAGGCGGAAAAAGAACAAACGCCAGUCCAAACUGUCUGGCAGCGUCAGCUACACGGACCAGGAGAAGAAGCUGCUGGACUGCAGCAUCACGGAGCGGGCGUCCGGCACGGUUAGUUUCGAGGGCAUGUCGCAGACUGAUAUGGAAUUGUUGACUAGAGACCCCUCGACCGUGGACCUUUCCACCUCCGAACCUGCACACAUCACCAUUGAGAAACUCCCUGCUGACUGCGUCCUCGGCAACGCGGCUGCCUCUUCGCACACGGGAGGACCUUACCCUGGCAACGGCGCCCCCUACGUGAUUCCGCCGCCUCUGCCGCAGACCUCACAGCAGGGAUCCAUCCUGCCGAGGGGCGCCCUGGCGCCUCCGCCAGAGUUCUCGUCAACGUUACCUCCUAGCGCCUUUGGCAACAUCUUCAUCUCAGUCAAAGACCCCGCGGGCGUGGCCUCGCCUUCGGGGGACGACGUGACUCGGUACCCUGACUUGCUUGACCUGCCGCAUCGUUCAAAGGGCGCCAUCAGUGUCACCUUAGGUAGUGAACGACCCUAUCAGCACGUGCAUCUUCAUCACCACCAUACGCUGCGGCACCACCACCACCACCACAACCAUCAGCAGCAGGCCCAGUUUUAUCAGGCGCACCAGUGCUGUUCGCAGGUCUUCGAGCAGUGCGUGCCCGAGGUGGCCAUCGGCGACGCCAUGUUGGCGGCCGCCUGUGCGACAUUGCCACGACGGCCGAGAACCAACUCGGGUGGAAAAGUGGCACCGUUGGUUCGGGUGCGGCCUCACUACGACACGGUUGGGCCUCGGGUGACGGCCAGUGGUGGCAGCGGCUCCGUUUUGUCCCUUCCAGAAGUGUCAGCAGAGGAGGAGGACAAGGACGGAGCUAUGAGUGGUUCCCCUAAAGGACAAAAACUGCAGGAGAUACCCACCCCUCCGCCACCCCCAAUGUGCACACCCCUGCCGCCCGAAUUCGUGUCACUCUAACUGUGCUGUGACGAGAGUUUUACAUUUUAUUUUGUCAAGAUCGGAGAAUUUAAAUUUUUAUUUGGAAUUUUGCCUGGUGCUUUUGUUGUGCGACAAGAACAUUUUUCGCCCUCUUCCUCUCCACUCACCCCAAAACUUUUGGCACAACAACGCUUGUUGUUUUUUUUAUUAUAAUUUUUUUUAGCAGAAAUUGGCGUCCACUUCUCGUGCAAACUGUUCAUCGUCAUGUAAUAUUAUGCAAAUUGGUUCUUUUUCGCAACCACGCGCGCAUUUUUUCCAAGCCGUUAAAUUUUCUCCGGCAGAGAGGGUAGGAAGUCUCGAGUGCGUAUUUCGAAAAGUCAGAACCAGUCUUAUUUUUUCCCAGUGACCUACUCCGGCUGCAGCAGAAAACAAGCAAUUUUCGACUCGGCCAGUUUUUCCGCUGCCCGAGUGAUUAAUAGCAUCCGAGAAUUCCUGCCCUUAUUGUGAAUUUCGCACUCCAUUGUACGCCUAAUGUAUUGUAAUCGUUUCUCCUGCUUGCUCCGAAUUUUCAAUUUAUGUUUUAAAUGGAGAAUUUUGUUUCAAUUACGACGAGAAGUGACGCCCCUUGUCAGUUUUAUCCUUCGUGUUAGUGCCGAUUAUCUAAAUGCCCUGGAGUGAUCACGAAAGAUGAAGAACAUUAUUUGAAAGGAAGGACGAAAUUGCACAAAACUGCGGGACAAAAUAGUGAUAAGAGUGCGCAGUUCAUCCGUUUAAUAAGAUUAAAAAAAAAUCGUGUGUUUAAUUUCCAAAUACUCACGCCGAGAUGAGUACUCACGAUGACAUAUUAUAUCCUGCGAGAGUAAUCUUUGUUAUAAUCAAUCGCGAAAAAUGAACUGAGUAACUAACAAAACAUGUACAUAAACUAAAAGAGAAGGAAAGUGAAAAACUAAUAAAUAAAACAGGCAGUUUUUGAACCCCGAGAAUUUAUAUAUUUCUUGACGACGAAACAAGUAAUUUACACAAUAUUAUUAUUAUUAUUAUUGAAACAAAAUGAUAAUGAAAGAAAUAAAGAAAACCGUUGUACAUGAAGAUUUAAAAAAAAAUUAUUUGUGCAUGAUGACCGUAAAAUGAAUAUCAAUGUUUUUCGAAGUGAGUUACAUUUCCGAAAGCAUCAUCAUCAAUAUAUUGUUACAGACCGAAGACAACACAAAAGCGAUCGCAUAAAAAUGUUCCCCUCUUCUGAAUCAAUUAAAAUUUAGAUA